CGAAUCCUGGCCUAAAACAUAUACUGGCAGUUUAUAAAAAAUGUUCGAUUAUCUAUGAUUCUUUAUUGGAAUUGCGCGGGAAUACAAACAUUUGCUCGCAUUUAUUUCUGUGUUGAAAUAUUAAUAGAAUAAAAUCGAAGCAAUGUUUUUAAUUAUAUUGUUAUUAUAUAUAGGGAAAAUUUGCAAUGUAUCAACAAUGUAUAAUGAAAAUGAGUGGGUUGGAUAUUCGGUGGGAUUUCUUUCGGAUUGUCCUGGUUCAGACAAAGAAGCGAUAAUAACAAAUAAAACACUAAAGGAUCUCACAUUCACAAUACAAAAUCAUAAAGGAGACAAUAUAUUUAACACAAGAAGAAAAUACAACUACUAUCAAAUGAAAGACUUAGCUCAAGAUCCUAACCUGGACUUCAACAAGCCCACCUUCGUGUUCGUCAGUGGUUAUCUGGACACGACAGACUUCUACAUUACUUCGAAUAUAGCUAAAGUUUACGAGGACAUAGGGUACAAUGUGCUGAUGUUGGACACAAACAAGUUUACUACGAUGGUAUAUCCGAGGGCGGUGCGUUUCAUGAGACCAGUUGGAAAGCACACAGCAGAAAUGUUAGCGGAACUUACUCAGCUAGGCUUAGAUCCAAAGAAAUUAGAAAUAGCUGGGCUCAGCCUUGGUGCCCAAACAGCUAGCUACAUAGGAAAGAACUACCAACUUAUUGUGGGGACUAAAAUAUCUCGCAUAACAGGAUUGGACCCCGCCGGGCCGUGUUUCAGGAAUCUUGGUCCUGAAGAUAGAAUCGACAAAAAUGACGCCGACUUCGUCGAUAUAUUAUCCACAAAUAUUGAUGGUUUAGGAAUGGCAGCCCCUGCUGGUCAUGUUAAUAUUUACGCAAAUGGUGGCGAAUACCAACCAGGAGAGUUCAUAUGGAUGCUUUGUACGUCGUUCUGUAGCCAUAUAAGAGCAUAUUUCUUGUGGAUUACUGCGUUGUCCUAUCCUGAUUCUUUUAUUGCUAUUCAAUGUGAUUCCGUGCAACAGGCAAGAAAUCGACAGUGUUACGAUAGACAGCCGAUGGUAACCAACGUAUUGGGACUCAAAAGUAAUAGGAGUAGAGAAGGGAUAUUUUAUCUAAAUACAGAUCAUAAGCAUCCGUAUUACAUGGGAAUAAAAGGUUUACAAAAGCAAUACGACUUCGUUUUGUCGCAGAUGAAAGCGAUGAAUAUGGAAAAAGUGAUAAAAAUGUAAUUCUUUAAAAGCGCCACCUAUGGAACUUAACGUGAAACAGGAAGUUCAUCUCCUAGCAGAAUAUGGCGAUGCAAGCCUUGUGUACUGAUAUUAAUGUAAUUAGUUAAGCAUAGUUUCACUAGAUGGCAGGAUUGCGCAAUGAUUGAUUUGGUUCUAGAUAAUACUUUUUAGUAAAAAUUAGCAUAAUUCGUAUUAUAGUAUCAAGAUUCAAGUAUUAUUAACGUUAAAUAAAAUAAUAUUUUAAA